AUGGAGAUGCUGGCACCGCCAAGUGUGAACUUGUGUUCCACAUCAGAACAAAACCAACAGCCAUAUAAGAAAUUUUCAGAAUGGAAAUUCAAGCUCUUCAAAGUGCGAUCUCUUGAAAAGUCACUUUGUGAAGACAGCCAUCUGGCUAAAGAUGAUAAAGGGAAAGUGGCAGCCUCUUCGGACAAAGUCAAUGAUGCAAUGACUUUGAUGCCACAAGAAUCCUUUCAUACAGGAAAAAAUCUGAACAAUGGAAUGCAGACUGCAGAUAAAGAUGCCUUUUAUGUAAAUCAAAUCGAAGUUGAAGCACACCGAGUAAACUUGCAGCACCUCUGCCGUAUAUGUGGUGGUUCGUUUAAAAAUGAUCCUUAUAGGAGAAGCCACCCAGUCCAUGGGCCAGUAGAUGAAGAAAUGCAGGCCCUUCUGAGGAAAAAAGAAAGAAGGGCCACUUCUUGGCCAGAUCUACUUAACAAGGUUUUUAAGAUAGAUGUGAGAGGAGACAUGGACACAAUCCAUCCAACUAAUUUUUGUCACAACUGCUGGAGUGUUAUCCAGAGGAAGUUCAGCAAUGCCCCAUGUGAAGUGUAUUUUCCAAGGAAAGGUACUAUGGAAUGGCACCCACAUUCAAUGAACUGUGAUGUUUGUGGCACUUCCUCCCAUGGGAUAAAGAGAAAGAGCCAAGCCCCCAAUCCACAGGUGAACAAAAAGCUCAGAAUCAUGGCUGAACGUGCUAGAAAGAUAAUAUAUGCAAAAAGCCAAAAACAUGUGAACAGCAAAAGCAUCCUGAAAAAGAUUACCAACUGCAAAAAGAUCCAUCUGAGUACAAAGAUGCUCACAGUAGACUACCCUGCAGAUUUUGUAAAGUCAAUCUCCUGCCAGAUUUGUGAGCAUAUUCUGGCUGACCCAGUAGAAACAACGUGCAAGCACUUAUUCUGCAGACUCUGCAUCCUUAAAUGCCUCAAAGUAAUAGGAAGUUAUUGUCCAUCCUGUCGCUAUCCUUGUUUUCCUACUGAUCUGGUGAACCCUGUGAGAUCCUUCCUGAGUGUACUCAACACUUUGACUGUGAGGUGUCCAGUGAAAGACUGUCACGAAGAAGCCACUCUUGGAAAAUAUAGCCAUCAUCUUUCAAGUCACAAAGAGAAAAAUGGCAAAGGGACUUAUGUCCAUGUUAAUAAAGGUGGCCGACCAAGGCAACACUUACUUUCACUGACCCGGAGAGCCCAAAAACAUCGCCUUAGAGAACUCAAGCUUCAAGUGAAAACUUUUGCUGAGAAAGAAGAAGGUGGAGAUGUGAAGUCUGUGUGUCUAACCUUAUUUUUGUUGGCUCUGAGGGCUCGAAAUGAACACAGACAAGCUGAUGAAUUGGAAGCUAUGAUGCAGGGGAAAGGAACAGGACUUUCUCCAGCAGUUUGCUUGGCAAUUCGAGUAAACACUUUUCUGAGUUGUAGCCAGUAUCAUAAAAUGUAUAGGACUAUAAAAGCGAUAACAGGAAGGCAGAUUUUCCAGCCACUACAUGCACUCCGGACAGCUGAAAAGUCCCUUCUGCCGGGUUAUCAUCAAUUUGAGUGGAAACCACCCCUGAAAAAUGUGUCUAGUAAUACAGAAGUAGGCAUUAUAGAUGGACUUUCAGGCAUACAACAUUUGGUUGAUGAUUACCCAGUAGACACCAUUGCAAAAAGAUUUCGAUAUGAUGUUGCCUUGGUGUCUGCCUUGAUGGAUAUGGAAGAAGACAUCCUUGAAGGACUAAAAUCUCAUGAUUUGGAUGAUUAUUUGAAAGGGCCCUUCACUGUAGUAAUCAAAGAGUCCUGUGAUGGAAUGGGAGAUGUCAGUGAAAAGCAUGGCUGUGGUCCAGCUGUCCCUGAAAAAGCAGUUCGAUUCUCUUUCACAGUCAUGAACAUCACUGUGGCUCAUGGGAAUGUAAAUAUAAGAAUUUUUGAAGAAAACAAGCCCAAUUCAGAACUGUGUUGCAAACCCUUGUGCCUGAUGCUUGCUGAUGAAUCAGACCAUGAAACGUUCACAGCUAUUUUAAGUCCUCUUGUGGCAGAAAGAGAGGCCAUGAAAAACAGUGAAUUGUUACUUGAUAUGGGUGGAAUUCCAAGAACCUUCAAAUUCAUCUUUAGGGGCACUGGAUAUGAUGAAAAACUUGUCCGUGAAGUAGAGGGCCUUGAAGCUUCAGGAUCUACAUAUAUUUGUACACUCUGCGAUGCAACUCGCUUGGAAGCUUCUCAGAACUUGAUCCUUCACUCCAUAACAAGAAGUCAUGCUGAAAACCUGGAGCGGUAUGAAGUAUGGAGGUCUAACCCUUAUCAUGAAACUGUUGAUGAACUACGUGACAGAGUAAAAGGUGUUUCUGCCAAGCCUUUUAUUGAGACAGUUCCUUCAGUAGAUGCAUUGCACUGUGACAUUGGCAAUGCUGCUGAAUUUUACAAGAUAUUUCAGUUUGAGAUUGGUGAAGUAUACAAAAAUCCUAAUGCAUCAAAAGAAGAGAGAAAGAGAUGGCAAUCAACGCUUGACAAACAUCUGAGGAAGAAAAUGAACUUAAAGCCUGUAACAAGGAUGAAUGGAAAUUUUGCUAGAAGGCUCAUGUCAAAAGAGACAGUAGAAGCAGUAUGUGAACUCAUGCAGUGUGAAGACAGACAUGAAGCACUCAGAGAACUCAUGGACCUUUACCUUAAGAUGAAACCAGUAUGGCGAACUUCAUGUCCCAGCAAGGAGUGUCCAGAAUUGCUACGCCAGUACAGCUUCAACUCUCAACGUUUUGCAGAGUUGCUGUCUACAAAAUUCAAGUACAGAUAUGAGGGCAAGAUAAGCAAUUACUUCCAUAAAACUCUUGCUCAUGUGCCAGAGAUUAUAGAAAGAGAUGGUUCUAUUGGUGCUUGGGCAAGUGAAGGAAAUGAGUCUGGCAACAAACUAUUUAGGCGUUUUCGAAAAAUGAAUGCCAGGCAGUCCAAGUGCUAUGAAAUAGAGGAUGUCUUGAAGCACCACUGGCUGUAUACCUCAAAGUAUCUGCAGAAGUUCAUGAAUGCUCAUAAUACACUAAAAACCCAGGGGAUCACAAUCAAUCCAGAACAGAGUGUGGAUGAUUUUAUUACACUGGAAGACUCUCUGCAAAUUACUGAUUCCAUGGAAUUUUAA